CUACUACCGCGCCUGCGUGACUCUGUCCUCUCUCAGUUGACGUCUGGUAGCUGCAGCAGCGAGUAGAGUUUACUGUAGACUUCACUGCGUCCUUGUAUCAUCUCUUGACUGACGAUGGCUGGCACUCUGGCGCGGAAAGCCGUGGAUUAUGUCCGUGGUAAAGAGUUCAGAGAGUAUCUCAUGAGGUCACACUUCUGGGGUCCGGUGGCAAACUGGGGCCUGCCAAUCGCUGCCAUCAGUGACAUGAAGAAGAGUCCAGAGAUCAUCAGCGGCAGAAUGACCUUGGCUCUCACCUGCUACUCGCUGCUGUUCAUGCGCUUCGCCUAUAAGGUCCAGCCCAGAAACUGGCUUCUGUUCGCCUGCCACUUAACCAAUGAAGCAGCUCAGCUCACUCAGGGCAGCAGACUCAUCAAAUACAACAUGGAGAAGAAGAUGGCCAAAUGAUAAAGGUUUAUGUGCACCGCGGUCUGGAUUCGUAGAGAUCCACCAGAUACUGCGACUUCAAAUAGCGAUCCAUGAACACAGAUUUUAUGCUAUGUCCUCUCUGUUACACAUAUUACAUUUUAAGCCUUUCGACACAGCUCUGAAGGUCACGGUUUGUAUGUAAUGUAUAUUUGAUUAAUAUAUUUACAUGCAUAAUGCGAUUGUGUGUGUUAAAAAUGUUUACAGAGAAAAUAAAACGUUGCUUUUGCUCUUUUGA